AUGCCAACUCUUACUAAUACAGAACCAGACUCUUAUGAUAUUGACUACUUUUAUGGCAAAUACAAGGAUCGUUUUGGUGUUGGCAUGUCCGAACUAAAAGAGGAAUCCUUACGUGUUCUUCCUUUAGGAGUCCAACCAACAGCCUGUGAAGUCAAUAAUCUGAAAAAACAACAUUAUUUUAAA